UGUGUAUUUAUAAUGAAUCUCACACUGAGUUUGGAUAUUUUGCAUUAUGAGUAUGUUUAAUACUUUUGGUACAUUUUGCAAAUAGUACUCAUCACUUGUAAUAGAGUAUUUUUAUAUGCUGUUACUUAAAGUCCCCCUUAACUCAAAAAUGUGUUUUUCUUAUUGUCGCGUCACUUGGAUGUUUGAGCUUCACUGUGAACAAUGAUGAAUGUGCAGAAUUUGUUUCACAUUUAUAAUGUUAAAAAGGGGAAAGUUUCUCUGCACCAGCAAAAAUAAUAGUUUGGAGCAUUGACUGUAUAUAAAGAUGGAAGUAGCAAGGUGUGAUAUCACCUGUUGGUUUGCAUAAGAGUUGAUUUGAAGCCUGGAGAUGCAGAUGAUCUUUUCUGUUUGGAGUCACAACCUUGCAGAUAAGCAGUGCAGGGUGUCGCCUUUCACACGAUAGAAACACAUCCCGCUACCAGACCUGGUUUACUGGGACACAAUGCACUCCACACUUGAGCCAAUGUUAGCUUCUUUAGCUAAAUUGUGCUAAAAGGUCAGGUGUCAUUAUCAAGUAACAUUAAAUUUCUCAGGUGAGCUGUCAAUCAAUGCCCACAUUGGAGACAACAAAGCUACUAUAAGUCCUCAAAUCUCAUUAAUUUAACAAUAAAUUCCAAAAUGACGACUUAUUAGAGGGCCCAAAUUUAGUGAUUAAGAUUGUAACGACUCAUUGAAACAAAUGGGUGACUUUCUAUAUUUCUAUAAAUAAGUUAUAUUGAUGAGCAUCUAGCUGCUGUCGGUAGCACUUUAAUGUACUUCUAGAUUGACUUCGGCCUCAAGCUACAGUAAGAACCAAUAGGAUGCAACUUAAACAAGUGUGAUGUGCAAACUUUACACUGCAAAUUUACUUUUCAGUGGAGGAGAAAUUUUGCAGUAUUUUCCAGCAGUUACACGUUUGAUACUAAAAAUAUUUGCAUAUUCAAGCCCCCCUCCUCUCUAAAAUGUGUUUUUCUUCUUGUUGCUUCAGUUAGAUGUUUGCUUCACUGUGCAGAAUGACGCAUGCACAGAGUUUUACACCACUGAUCUGCUGAAAGAGGAAAGUUUCUCUGUGCUCACCAGAAAUCUGAGUUUAAGGCGUGAACGUACGAGAAUGAUUUGUGACAUGAUAACUAGUUUGGAUCCAACUGAGGUCCAUGAUUCAACUGUGUGAUGUUGAAACUUGAAUUCUUCAGUGCACAAACAAAAAAAGAAAAUUACUUUUCAGUGAAAUAGGAGACAUCUUGUGCCCAGCUGUUAAACUUCUGAUGCCUUUGUAAGGAUUUUAAGGAGGUAAACAAACUUGUUUUGUUCAAAAAUCUUAUUACAAACUAAGUUAUUAUUCAAAGUAGAGCAUUUUUACACAUCUUAAAACAUAUCUCGAGGUGAUAUUUAAGGAUUUUAACAAGAUUACUGAACUAGCAGAAACAAAUUAUUGUUCAAAACACGUCUUAUAACAUGUGAAAGUGGAUUUCUCAGUAAAAAAAAAAAAGAACCCAAUUCUUCCUCUACCUCCACAAAACUAAAAGCACAGAUGCAAAAAAAAAAGUAGAAGCAUUGAAAACAAACGUAAGUAAUGUGCUUUUAUAUAUAUAAAAAACAUGUUAAAUGGAUGUGGAUUGUGUGUGUGUGUGUGUGUGUUUGUGUGCGUGUGUGUGUGUGUGUGUGCGUGUGUGCGCGCGCGUGUGUGUGUGUUUGCACAUUAAUGCGUCCGCCUACUCCUGCAGCUCGACCAAUGGCUCGCACGCCUCCACAUCUCUCCUGCCUAUCAGCCCCUGUUCAUGCCCCCCUCUCUCUCCCCCCUCCUGCAUGACGUAACACCCAGUCUGAAAGUGCAAUGGCGAUAUUGGACAAUAACAGCCAUCGCUUUUGGGGACCACAUCUAUAUUAUGUGGCUAACGCUGAAGAAAACACAUCCAGCCGGCUGCAGAAACACAAACGCAUCUAAUAAUCGGCACAAGGUGCAACCAGGACAGGUGAUUUCACUGCCUCUGCGAGAGAUGACAGUUUAGACCAAAACGCGGGUGUGACGUGUGAACAGACACCAUGGCCACACAGGAACCGUCCCCUCCCUCGUCCAUGGAGAGCAAUAAACCCGGCUUCCCCAAGAAGAUCCUGGGCAAUAAGCUGGAGGACAAACACCUGUGCAACUGCUGCCACAAUAUACUGAGACGACCGUUUCAAGCCCAGUGUGGACAUCGCUUCUGUUCCUACUGCUUCAACAGGACCGUGAGUAAUGGACCUCAGAAAUGCAACGCUUGCAUUAAAGAGGAUAUUUUUGAGGACCCCACGUCGAUUUUGAAACAAGGAUGUGCUUUUCCUGACAAUGCAGUUCGAAGGGAAGUUGAAAACCUCUCAGCUGUUUGUAUCAAUGAAAGUUGCAGUUGGAAAGGCAGCAUUAAAGAGUAUGAGCUGAACCACGAGGGGAAGUGCGAGUUCAUGAUCAUCCCCUGCCCCUCCUGUAAAGAACGAAUUCGCUUCAAUGAACAGGAGCGCCAUAAUGAGCGCGAGUGCCCUGAGCGUACACUCAACUGCAAGUACUGCAAGGAGCCAUUUCACUUCAAAAAUAUCAAGGCACAUGAUGAGAUCUGUCCCAAGUACCCGAUGAUCUGUGAAGGCUGUGCCAAGAAGAAAAUACCCAGAGAAAAGUAUGUGGACCAUAUUAAAUUCUGCAGCAAAUUCAGAACUCCUUGUCGGUUUCAUGUCGUGGGAUGUGAUAUGUCUGUGGAGAAGGAAAAGAUUCAUGACCACGAGCGCGCCUUUGCCUACGAGCACCUCAACCUGCUGCUGCACUACAUCAUGGGCAUGAAAGUGAGCAUGGAGGGCCUGCAGCCCCAGGGACUGGAACUAGCUGGACACAAACUGGUGGAGCUCCAGCAGUCCCUCCGGGAGCUCGAGGCCAGAGUCUCCCAGCUCAGCACCACCUCCUCUGGGCCUCCCGUGCAGGGAGCGGCCGCCUCCUCAUCCUCCAGCUCCGGUCCCCCUGGUCCUACCACAUCAGCUCCUCUCCCACCACCUCCCACUCUGGCUCCCACUCUCUCCGUGUCUACCUCCUUCACACCUCUGCCCAGCUCGGUGGGUGCGGCGUUGGAGCUCCAGCUCCACAGCGAGAAGACGAAGGUGGUCGAGCUGGGCCGCAGGUGCACAGAACUUGAAGUCAAAGCCGGCACGUUUGAAAAUGUGGUGUGUGUCCUGAACAGAGAGGUGGAGAGGUUUGCCACCACCAUGGAGGCCAGCAACCGUCAGCACAAACUGGACCAGGAUAAGAUCGAGGCUCUGAGUAAUAAGGUGCGACAGCUGGAGAGGACGGUGGGGCUGAAGGACCUGACAGUUGCUGAGAUGGAGGGCCGGCUGAGAGAAAUGUCUGCAACAACCUUCGACGGCGUCUUUGUCUGGAGGAUAUCUGACUUUGCCAAAAAGAGACAGGAUGCCAUCGCAGGUCGAGCCCCUGCCAUGUUCUCACCAGCUUUCUACACGAGUAAGUACGGCUACAAGAUGUGUCUGCGGAUCUAUCUGAAUGGAGAUGGGACGGGGCGUGGCAGCCACUUGUCCUUGUUCUUUGUGGUGAUGAGGGGACUGAGUGACGCUCUGCUCAAAUGGCCCUUCAACCAGAAGGUGACUCUGAUGCUGCUGGACCAGAGCAACAGGGAGCACAUCAUCGACGCCUUUCGGCCCGAUGUCACUUCCUCCUCCUUCCAGAGACCCGUGAGCGAGAUGAACAUCGCCAGCGGCUGUCCGCUCUUCUGCCCGCUUUCCAAGCUCGACGCCAAGAACUCUUACAUCCGCGACGACACCAUCUUCAUCAAGGCGAUCGUGGACCUCACCGGCCUCUAGAUGGUUACCACAGGGCGGUACAGUUUGGCAACCAGGCAGCUCUUUGACCAUUACGGCUUCAUUUUUGGCUCAAUCGUGGUCCCUUUAGGGCUCUGUUCAGGCAUCUUACUGUCCCCUGCAGCUUUAGGGAGACAAACAUGCUUGCAACUGUAUGCUGCAUGUGGCUGCAGUUUGCUCAGUCCAGACGGCGCUGGCAUUGUCAUACCGGGUGGUCUCUAUAAGCGAGAACCACCAUCGUCAUCGCUGUACAUUUCAGGGUGCAAAACUUUCAGGAUUUUCUUUUAACAUCACAGCACCACUGUCACGGUGAUUUUUUAAAAUAAAAAGUCACUUCAGUUCUGCACAUAAAGUUUUCAGUUAAAAGGACACAGAAGCGAGCACCGGUGCAGCGCUAUCAGUGCAGUGUUGAGUAGAAGCAGAGAUGUCGAAGUGAACAGUCGGAGUGAAUAGUGUCUAUUUUUAUCUCCUGCUUUUGAAGAUCGUGGCGUUACAGCACAUGCGGACUGUGUUAGAACAGGCUUGUAGAUAACCAGAUAGUUAAUGUGAUCAUUCUGAUGUCACCGUAAAGCUGGCAGUAGACUUAUAAUAGAGUUAGAGCGUGGCUUAAUGCAGUUUUUGCUUUUUUCCUUGCAGAUUGUGGAUAUUGUGAGCUUCUCAAUUCCAGUGUCGAGUGAAUUUGCAUAGACAAACGUGGAGUUAUGUUAUGAAUAAGAUUACAGGCAAUAUUUUUUAUUUUAUUUAUUUUUUUGCCUUUUUUGCGCGAAGUGCAUGCCGCCGGCGUUUUUAAGUAUAAAACCGCGCCUUAUUUUGAUUGAGCUUUACGAAGGUUCCUCGUUUGUUGUUGAACUUGUUAGUGAAUUAGCCAUCCGUGAUGGUGGACAUUGCCUGCAUGUCUUUGGAACCAGGCUAUCUACAUGUAAAGUUACUGUUGCGUAUUUGUUCCUAUUAGGGGUUGGUGGUUCUGAUUGGUGGUUUGGUACAUCUGUGGAAGAUACAGUGGAGUUACCAAGGAGUCAGGGCAGCUUGCCAGUCAAGCCUGAGGCAUAAAACUUACAUGUGUUUUUGUCUCUGACAAAUAUACAUCGCUGGAGUUUUCCCCAGGAUAUGCUCACUAGCUCAUAUCUCAACACAUAGUACUGUGCCCCACCACAGAUUGAGGUUAACACAGAUUCCACGAAAUGAGGGAAUUGUUCGUUCCUUGUUUUCUGUCCAUAUACAGUGCAUACGUGUUUCUGCUGCUCUAAGAUAGAAAUACUGGUGUGAUUCUAAUAUAUAUGUUGGUGCAAAUAAUAUACAUGAGGUAAAAUGUGUGUGGAGCGGUUGAGAGGCUGAAACGAGAGGAAAUGAAAACAAGAGAUUGUAGUACUUUGUUGUAGGUCACAGGCCGUUUGUUGACAUUAUUUAUUGCAGAUUGAUGUUCAGUGCUGCCCCAGAUUUAACCUUUAAACUUUUGGUGUUAUUAGCUAUACCGGCUCACUGAUUUCUGACGAGGCACCACAAAUCGAACACAAAAUCUCCGAGUAUAUCCGAUUCAACUGUUCCUGUAAUUUUUCUAUGUGUCCACCAGAGAUUGCUGUUUUACUUACUUAGCAUGCAUGCUGAGGUUUUAAGGUACACGCUGGCCUGUUUGAAAACCAGUCUCGACCUGUAUUGAAACCUCUCUGUGCAUGGGAGGCUUCAAUUCAUAUUCACUAUGGAGUUUCACAUUGGUUUCCCCCGUGAGCCACGUGUGAAAGCAUUUAUUUGUAUUUGUUUGGAGGAAAAUACGUAAUCAUAGAAUAGGUAUUAUGUUAUAUCUGGCUCUGCCUCUGUUCAACAGAAGCACUGGCCUAUAUUCAUAGCAAUUUAUAAAUAUGUAUCUUUCAUAUCAUAAUGUUGAAAUAAUCUAUAUAUCAAUGUUAAUAUACACAAGAUGUUAUAAUAAACAUAGUAUUACUGAAUACCUUAUUAAUUCUAUAGCUAUAUACCAACUUUUUGUUUGUCAAGAUGGUUUGAACAGGCCAGGACAACCCCCUUUUGUGCAGUAAGGACUUAUGAUUCCUUCUAGAGUGCAAUAUAUGAUUACGUCUGUUUAGAUUUUGAUGACAUUUUGACAUUUUAAGGGUUUACAGAGGUCAUACUCGACUUAUUUGUUUACAUUACUCAUUAUGGGGCUGAAGAACUGCAACCAAUUUUGAACUUUCCAAGGAAAUACGGUGCUUUCCUUGCCAUACUCUACUUGAUAUCACUACCAUAGGAGUCUCUGGUCAGUAGCUGUUUAUGAAGCUCACUGACGAAAUAGGCGAAAGCGGGAGGAUUUUUAGGAAGACCAUUUUAAUGUUGAGAAAUUUAAGCUAUGUACAGUAAGUGGGUUUCUAUUCUUAACUUAAAAAAACCUUUCAAUGAAGACUGAGCAUGUAAUAAGUAGAAUUACAUGAACUUUUUAAACAUGAGUGUUCUUGUAAUGUGCCAAAAUCAAAUAUUACCUCCAAUAUACUAACAAUGUUGUAUUGCAAGGUGUAUUUUAUGUUCUAUGCUAAAAUAUGGUGCCAAAUAUGUUUUAUAUUUAAGUUUGCUGCGUGCACUGUAUGUAUAAGCGUGUGUGUGUGUGUGUGAGUGUGAGUGCGUGCAUGUGUGCAACUUUAAAAUGAUGCAUGGGUCACUACUUCUGUCGGCACCGGAGGAGAUAAUUAAUACUGUCCCAUGAAACUGUCCUUAAAUUACAGAUCCUCCCAAGGUUUUUUGAAUGUAAGCUUUAAUUCAGUUGGGUUUAUUUUCUGAUUGACACAAAAGCAGUUCUGUAAUGUGAUGCAGUUGACUUAAACCAACUUUAUUUGUGCACUUUGUAUCGGUUCGGUUGUUUGUCCAAACAGGGUAUUUUGUUGAGUGACUAAUGUACCUUGAAAUCAGAGCCAUAUAUAUAUAUAUAAAUAUAUAUAUAAAUAUAUAUAUAUUCUGAUGUUGAUAAUUGAUGUAUUAUGCUAAAAUAACUUGCAGUAUGUAAUAAAGUUUGUUG